AUGGCAGAAGACAACGAAGUUGUUCAGCCUGAAAAUGCUGAUGUAAAUAAAUUAUUUCAUUCCUUGUUUAGACGACCAGAUAAAUUUAAGAUUGGCGACGAUUUUGAUCUGUUUGUUAAGAAAUUGGAAUUGUAUUUUGAAGCAGUCGAGCUUGUAGAUGAGAAGAAACGAAGGUUUGUUUUGCUAUUUAAUCUCAACGAGGACGCUUUUCGCCUAGCAAAAUCAGUCGAGUUCAUUGAAGAAGCUGAUGCUUACAAGAAUUGGCUUAAGAAGCUGAAAAAAUUGUUCGAAAGAAAUCAAUCACCUACCGAGAAGAGAUAUAAUUUUCACCAACGUGCUCAACAUCUGGGUGAGUCAGUUAAUUCUUAUGCUGUGGCGUUAAGAGAAGCUGGUGCAAAAUGUGGGUUUCGAGUUGUUGAAUAUGCCAGUAGGCUAGUCGACCAGUUUAUUCCUGGACUGAGAGAUCUUACAACUCAGAGUAAAUUAUUACAAGAACCCCCAAGUAAUUUGGAUGAUGCUUUAUUGAUUGCAAGAAGAUUCGUCGAAGCUGCAAAUGCAACCAUGCAGACGUUGGCUAUGCAAGGUCAGGGUACAGGCAAUAACAGUAUGAUCGGAGCUGUGAGUUCUAUGCGUAAAGUGGUUACAUGUUCUGCAUGCAAUGGAUUUGGGCAUGUUGCAAAACAAUGCCCUACAUUAAGGAACAGUUUCAAACGAGACACUCAGUUGUCACCUAAAGUAUGUUAUCUCUGUCAAAAGCCUGGACAUAUAGCUCGUAACUGUUUUAUUUCCAAAUCAGGACAUGGUGAUGUGCAAAACAGUCAAGGUAAGCAUGUCGCUAAUAGAAAGUCUAGUUUGCUAUCGUUGUGGCAAAGGAGGUCACAUUGCCAUUGUAUUGGACGAUACUAAGGAGGCUGUACAAAGCCAAGAUCAUCGUUUGAACAACCAGCAAAACCGAACUUGCAUGCAAAACGAAACACAAUCUAAGAUAAGAUUAUGAACAAUUUCCCCAGCAAGCAAAAGGAGAAGGGUCAUGGUUGAAGCCCAGAUAAAUGGGAAAUCUAAGCUUUGUAUUGUUGAUACGGGUGCUUCAAUUUCACUAGUUAGCAAGAAUGAGUGGCAAUUAUUAAAGGGAAACAAAUGCCUGUUUGACUCCUUCUGAUAUAAUUGCUGAAGCAGCAAACAAUUCCCCGAUAGGGAUUCUGGGUAAGACUGCCUUGGAUGUUAAAGUUGAUCCUGGACACAUAUCAUGUCAUGAGUUUUAUGUUGCUAGUGACAUGAUAUCUGAGAUUAUUCUUGGCCUGGACUGGCUAAUGAGUAAUAAAGUCAACGUUGACCUUUCAAGAAUGGUGUUGACAUUUCUUGAUUUGUCUACUAAACCCUUGUGCGUGCUUGAUUCGAUUGUGUCAGAGCCAGAGUCCCGGCAAAGCAUGAAAUAUUUCAAACUGCUUGAAUAAGAAAUCGUACCAUUUCUGAAAGUGUUUCGGGACCGAUCAGGGACAGACAAGGUGAAGACAGACUGGAGGAAUAGAGGACGAAACAGAGAUAGACAAGGUGAUGGUGAAGGGUUCAAUCGUGGCACUAGGGGACAAAAUAGGGACAGGCAAGGUUUUGGAAAUCCAGACGACUUAAGACGAGAAGAACGAGCUGGCAAUGAUAGACGAGAUGAGAGACAUUGGAGAGAAAAUGAUACUAGAGCGACGAAGAGAGGAAGAGGCUUUGGAAAUCCUGGGGACAAGAAACGCAAAGAAAAUAUGGAUGAGCAACUACCUCAUGCUUUACUAGCGUUUGAGUUCGCAAGCAGUCUUCAACCGGAGCAACACCAUUUGAAAUGUUGUAUGGAAGAAAUCCCAGAUUGCUUCUAGGAGUAGAAUCUGAAUAACGAGAAACCAAACCGACUCAUGGACCCGCCAAGCACCUAGAAGAUUUAAAGGAGUGACAGAAUAACAUGCGAAAGAUUGUAGUGGAGAGAAUCGAACAGUCCCAGAAGAAACAGAAACGUUGUUAUGAUUCACGAAAUCGCGCAUGUCGGAGCACAGACUUUACCAUUUGAGAUACGGUACUUUUAAAGAACUGUAGAGCUCGAGGAUUAGACGAAAAAUACGUUGGGCCGUAUCUAGUUAUUGAUGUUCAAGAUAUUAGCUGUGAGAUAGAGUCGCUAGCCAAUAAGACAAGAAAGAUUGGUCAUGCGAACAAUUUAAAACGAUUUUCGAUUGACUAUGAUAUUGAUCAGGUUUACGAAGAAAGUGAAGAUACCGAAAGUUCUGAAUGUGACUUUGACGAAAUUGGUAAUGAACUGCCGAAUCCUGAAGAACGCCACAAUGUUCAAAGAAACGAUGAUGGUGCCAAUGUGAUGCAUGGUUACAACCUUAGACGCAAUCGAAGGGUAUCAGAUCGUUAUGGAAUACCUGUUGUGGAUUACUGA